GGAGAGAGAGGGGGAGAGAGAGACAGGGGACGGAUUGCUAAACAUCCAAGACAUAGAUUUCCAUGCUUCUAAUUUCUCUCACCUGAAUACGUCGGAUUCUCAGGUAAUGGGUCAUGUGGAUUCGCUCUCACCUCCUUCUGAGCUUCCUGAUAUUCAAAAGUGGUUUUCAAGCUAUGUGUACGAGUCUCCAGAGCUCAAUACAGGCAAUGGUUUUGAAGAUUGUGGGUAUUCUUUAGAACCUGACGGUAAGAAAGAUGGGUUUAAUGGAGAAGCGAGCAGCAAAGAGAGGGAAGAGAAUUUGGAAGAGAAUAAAAUAGUAGGGAAAAGGGAUGUAUUGGUGGAUGGUGAGAGUGUAGCUUCUAAUGGGUUUGUUCUGGGUUAUUCUCAGCCACUCUCACUAUCUUCUGAUUCAUCACAGCCUCCUGACAUUAAGAAUUGGUUCUCAAGCUACGUGUAUGAAUCUCCGGCACAAGAAUUAAGUAGUGAUUUCAUACUUUCUGAAUAUAAAGAAAGCAAAUUUGUCUCAAAGGACUACAAUGCUGGAAAGAGCAGCAACGGAAAAGAAGAGAAUUCCAGGGAAUCCAGAACUUGGAAAAACAAUGAAUUAAUCGUUGAUUGCAAAUUGCCUCCUAAUUGUGUUGCUAAGUGUAAUGACUCUUUUGAAGAUAACAAGUAUCAGCAUCAGAAUGUUAGCAAGAGCAAUCACGAGAUUGAUGGGACAAAAAGCUCUGUUGUCCUAAAUGUCUGGCCUUUCAAGACGAUUUCUGAAAAGAUCUUGGAAGGAGACACAGCAAAAAACAAUGAAGAUGCUUUGCCUAAAGAUGUUAAAAAAUCAUGCUCAAAUGAUCAAGGUUUUACUGGAGAGCUGGAAAGGAAGUUCUUCCAAGAAGCCAGUGACAGAUCGUUGGAUGUCAACACAAGUAUAGGUCAUACUGGUAUAAAAGCUCCUGGAAGGUUAUUUCAUAGGAGUGAUCCCACAGAAAAGACUUCUAAAGCUGAAGCUCAAACAAGGGUUGGGAUUGCUGUACCUGAAAGUAAUUUGGAUUUCAUCGUAACACAUGCAGGUAGAAAACAAACUAGUAGGAGCAACGACAAGGAAAAUGAUGGAAAUGACUUUGCUGCAAGGGAUUUCAUUUCAACAAAAUCGAGUAGAAGUAGAAGAGUAAAUGAUGAAAAUUCUUUCAAAAGGCCAGCUGGUGAUCAAUCGGAAUCUUUAAGAACCAGGGUGAGACCAUCAUCAGCCAGUGACAAGGAUGCCAUCUUAAGGAGAAAGGUGUUAUCAGAAACAACAAACUUUCAACACUCAAAUGCCUCAGAAAGUACUGGAAAAUGGCGGUGUCCACAAAAGAGCAAGCCAAACCUUGGUCCUCCUUUAAAGCAGCUUAGACUUGAGCAAUGGGUUCAUAGGUCCUGAAAAUAUCAUCUGUUGAUAGACAAGCUCGGAUCUAUAAUAGCCAUGAGUUGUUUGUUUAUUGAUCCUGACAGAGAUAGACACUGCCCUGUGAAGCCUGUGCUUUGCUGCUCUUCAUAUGCUUGGCUUGGUAAUUGAUUUCACUGUUUGUCUAUUCAAAAUUGGCAGCAGCUGUAAGGCAAUGAAGUUUGCAUACAAUACUGCUACGGGUUCAAGUAUAAGUUUUUGAUAUGUCAGCCAAAUUGUUAUAUGCUAUAAUUGGGGAGUCUUCGGGUCAGC